ACCUACGAUGAUUAGUAUACCAUCAACCUCAAUUCUUCUUUUCCCUGGCCAGGGCUCUCAGUUUGUGGGGAUGGCAAAAAAGCUCUUAUAUUUGCCAAAAGUUAAAGAGAUGUUCGAAUAUGCUGGCUCAAUCCUGAGAACAAAUCUGAUGAAAAAAUGCACAGAAGGUCCUCUUGAGGAAUUGACGAAGACCGUUCAUUGUCAGCCAGCAAUAUACAUAACAUCCCUUGCUGCCGCUUUUAAACUGCGGACCGAGGAUCCAAAACUUGUCGAGAAUUGCGUUGCUGUUGCUGGCUUCAGUUCUGGUGAAAUAGCAGCCCUUGUAUUUGCCGGCUCUCUUACCUUUGAAGAAGGCCUGUCUCUAAUCCAGACUCGAAGUCAGGCCAUGCAAUCCGCUAGCACUCGAGUAUCUGGCGGAAUGGCUUCUAUAUUUUUAAGUCAUUCUUCGCAACUUUCGUCUGCUAUUACGGCCGCUAAAUCUCAUUAUUUGAGUCUAUCAAGAAAACAAACUAAUCAGAGUGUCGAAUCUUCCAGUAGAUAUGGCGACUUGGAUGAUUUUGGCACAGAUUCCUUUGAGCCUCAAUGCGUUUGUCAAACCGCUUGCUACCUAUAUGCGGACUGCAAAGUCAUAGCUGGGCAUAUUGAGGUGGCACUUGAUUUUAUUGAGGCUCAUCUAGAGCAGUUUAGACUCGUUCGUAUGAAACAUCUUCCCGUAAGUGGAGCAUUUCAUACUCCACUAAUGGCUCCGGCCAGAUUGGUUUUCACCCGUGCACUUGAUCGAGUGCCUGGCAUCAAAAUGCCAAGCAUUCCAGUUCUCUCGAACGUUGACGCGUUGCCAUAUACAAGUGUAUCAAAGAUAAAAGUCAAUCUCUCAAAGCAGAUUACUACUGCUGUUCGUUGGGAACAAAUUUUGCACUCAUUAUAUUCAAGACCUCUAGAUGCUUCUUUUCCUCGAACUAUUGAGGUUGGACCCGGACGACAACUGGGCUCAAUGUUACGAAUGGUAAACAGGAAGGCCUUUAUGAAUUAUCACUCUAUUGAAGUUUGA